CUCCUCCUCCUGUGUUGAUCUCCUGCAUGACCACGACUGACAAGAUGUGGCACCGAUGCUCGCGCUCCCUCCGCCGCCUGUCCGUCCACGCGUCUCCCCGCGCUGCUCCCAAGCCUCUCAGCUUGCUUGCUGGUGUCUCUGCAGACCAUCAGCCUUCACCCCCCCGCCCCCACCGUCUCCUACACUGCAGCAGCCUCUCUCUUCUUCCCUCUCGGAUGUACGCCCGGCAGCUGGAGGACUUCGAGGAGCAGCAGGUCGCCUGCCGAUCGCCGAGCUGCGUCACGUGCAUGAUGUGCAGUCUUGGGAGCAUCAGGCGGCCAGCGAUCGACCAGGGGGGGAGGCUGGAGGAAGGAGGGCUUCUUGGGGCGGUCAAGAGGGCCGGGUCAGGGCUUGGCCCAUCCAUCGACCGUGCGGGGAACUUUGUGAUGGAAGGAGAUAGAGCCCGAUGCAAGAGCGCUCCUUGAUGUUGAUAGAGUCAUAGGUUAUUAUACUUGUGCGAUGCAAUGAACAGCU